AUGUGUUGGUAAAGACCCAGGCGUAAAUAAAAACAAUACCCAUCGUGUAUUUUCAUUUACCAAAAAAUGUCAAGAAUUGGAGGCCUUACUAGUCUGUCUUUAAUAACGUAAUGCCAUGUCAACGCACAACGAGCCCGAGGAGAUUCAGCCCAACAUCCAUGUGGAGGACGGACUUUGUGGAACAACCCAGUCGCCCCUUUUUUACUGCGAGAGCUGCGGGAACAUUUACGGAGACAAUGAGUCCUACGCCAAGGACCACAGUCACCAAUCUGGUUGUUGUGUCGGUGGGAUCAAGAAAGAGCUUGAGUUUGUAGAGGAGUUCAUUUCAGAGGAACAGACCGAGGUUCCAGCAAGUUUAGCCGAGGAGGAUAAUGAAGAGGAGAUCCACGAGGCUGACGUUCCGCUCUGGGAGGUGGUAGAUGACCCCAUUAAAGCAGACGAGAACGAGACUGACCCCACCCAUUCAGAUCGUUACUUUUGCUAUGACUGCCACAGCAUUUUCGAAAACAGGAGCAGUGCAGAGGACCAUGUUUGUCCGCAGGCAGACACCGGCGGUGGCUCUAUACAGCAUGCAGACGAGAUUCCCGCCGGCACAGCUAAACCACCGACACGUCGGAAGUUGCCCAGCGUGGCAGCUAGGACAGACUCCAAGGGUAGUUCACAAUCAUCUGUCAUUAGCUGUGAAAUAUGCAACACAGUUUUUAGUUCUGCCAAGUUUCUUAAGUUCCAUAUGCGCAUUCAUGAAAAGGUGGCUCCCAAGAGCAUUCAAGACGCCCUUCCCGUGGGCGCCCACCAGCAGUACAGUAAGCUGGAUCAGUUUUACUGCGAGAUCUGCAACAAGAGUUUCGACGAAAACCUCCUCACGGUGCACAAGCAAAUGCACCAGGAGACCGCCAAAGAGUUCAUGUGUGGCGUUUGUAACAGGCAAUUCUUUAACUCAAUAGACUAUGACAUGCACCUCAAGAUUCACCAGAAGCCGCGCGACUUGGAAGCCACAAGAAUGCCCGAACACCGCAGCACUGCUGGCGAUAAGGAGAAGCCGGGCUUUCCCUGCCAGUACUGCGAGCGUGUGUUCUCUCGCCCUUAUGAAAAGGUUAAGCACGAACGGGUGCACACGGGCGAGAAGCCAUACUCUUGCGAGGUGUGCGGCAAGACCUUCCGUGUCUCGUACUCGCUCACUCUCCAUUUACGGACGCAUACAAACAUACGGCCAUAUGUCUGCACGGUAUGCAAUAAGCGGUUCAAGUCCCACCAGGUGUACUCUCACCACCUGCGUAUACACAGCACAGAGCGCCAGUUUGCCUGCGACGUAUGCUCAAAAUCCUUCCGCACCUCGGUCCAACUAUAUGCCCAUAAGAAUACCCACACCAAGCCAUACCAGUGUGUUGUAUGCAACCGCCCCUUCUCGUCAAUGUACGCCGUAAGAAUUCACAUGCAAACGCAUGAAGACGAGAAGAGUAAAGGAAAUGGAAAAGGCGUACAGGCUUCUACCAAGAGCCAACCUUCAGCUGGGAAAUUCUGGUGCAGUUCCUGUGGAGCAGAGUAUGCACGUAUGUUUGCCCUGCGAAUGCAUAUGAAGACGGCUCACGGCCUGACAGAGGAAGUCAUACAGCAGGAGGAGAACUCGUCGACCGCCCUAGAGGAUGUCCUUCCUACCGUAGUAGACUCCGAGACAGCGGUGCUCAUAGCAGCCGCCGAGGCUGAUGCAGCAUACAUUAACGCUGUGGUAAACGCUGUAGAUGUCGUGGGAUCCGUGCCCACAUACGAAGAGGUGGCCGUUGAAUUCGAUGUGGACAAUUUCCACAGUGAGGAAAUCAUCACGGACUGGCUUAAAUAGCAGUUAAAAACCACCUCUCCUAGUAGCCAAUAAACAAAUUACAAAAAAGGUGAGCUUACUGCAUCAACUUUAUUGGGAACAUAAUAUAGCUGGCGUUUUGGUAACAAGUAAAUAUAUUGCUGGAGUACA